CCAGUAUGUUCAUUAGUCAUGCCACAAUGUGACUAAACACUUCCGCCCCGUACACCCUCGUCAGGGCAACAAAGGGUACACGCAAGGCAAUACACAGACAUUUACCGUGUGGUUUCUACCGAAUGACAAACUGCUGCAACCACGGAAAUUAAUUUAUCAAUAAAGAUAAUGUCAUAUGUAUAGCUCUUAAUGCCGGGUGAAGCAUGGUUGGAACACCGCCUGUCUCCGUAAAACAGUGGACGACUAUUGUAGUGUUGACGUGUAUUUUGGGGAGGAAUGGAUACAGUAUCAACUUCGGCCCAAUCAUCUUUGAAGGUUCCUGUGAACGAAUGUCCUGGCCGUCAGCCGUCACACACUGCAGUAUCAGGGGAGGGGCGAUGUUCAGCCUGUCUGAUCUCGAGCAGGCUUACGGGCUAAACAUCAAGUCGAAGGCCACGGAGGAACAUCAGCUCAUAUGGAUCGAUCACAGGAACAGGGAAAAGGAAAACGUGCAGAACCAGGAUUGCUGGCUGUUGUCACACUCACUUCUUCUGCAAAACAUGACCUGUAGUGAAGCACAGCACUUUGUUUGUCGUUUGAAUGGUGACCCGGAAUCGACAUGGACGAAAUGGGGUAAAGAGCCGCCUUAUAGAAGAUGUGAGCAGUCAAUGCAAGCUAUAUCUACCCGCCUUCCCCCGAGGACCAGAGUAACCACAGUUUCUCCCCCAAGACGAGGCUACUCAGAUACAGGUUCUUCUUCUGGCUCAGGUUCCCCUUCUGGUUCAGGUUCUUCUUCUGGAUCAGGUUCUUCUUCUGGCUCUAAGUUUCCUAAAAGAAUGAAAAUUCUGGUCAUAUCUAUUGCCUGCAUCCUGCUGGUGGGGAUGUGCGUUGUUGUCUACUGCUUUCUAAAUGAUAUUGGGAAGAGGAUAGGAGUUGAAAGGCGAUGCUCCCAUCGAAGACACAGGAGACGUUACUGAGCUGAUGAAGUGGUUGUUCUGGUCCGUUUGGCCGACAGUGAUAAAUGAAUGGGGAAUGAGUUGCGUGUUACACCGCAACGAACAGUAUUCAGUUAUAUCUCGACGUGUCAGUUUUAUGUACGUUGAAAGUAGACCCUUACCAUUUCAUCGUAGUGAAACUUAUAAUCAGUGCGAAUUUGGGAUUCAAAAGCACGAUCAGCGGAUCCUUGCGCGACUAAGGGAAGUAACCCUGCACAGAGAAUUAUGAUGUUUAAACCGAUUGUGCCAUCCGUACGCGUCCCCCUCCAGGUAACAGAAGAGGCGUCUGAAAUACUGUUUCCUAUCACCAAGUGUGCAUUGACUCCGCAUAAUGUUUCAGAAGGUUGUAUUAUCUAGCCUAAGUUUAACAUGAUAUUCUCGAUAAACGUCAAUGGAAGACGUUCCAACAGUUUGUGGCUUGUCGUAAAAUGCGGCUAUUUCUGAUCAGGUGGCAGGCACGGUGACUCGCUUGACUGUGUGUCAUUGUACUGUGACAGAAUUGAACGUUGCUCAUAAUAUCAAUCACAAGUUUGUCUGGCCCAGAUUCAAUUAUCUACAUGCCUCCUUAGCUUGCAUAUUGUUGUUUGUGGCGUUAAUACAAGAACAAGACAUACAAUAGUCAAAGUACUACCUUUCUUAGUGUUAACGUGGAGCUAUUUACACGCGUCCCCUCUACACUGUAUUGCUUCAUGUGUAGUAAGGGGCGGUCGGGUAGCCUAGGGGUUAAAGCGUUCGCUCGUCACGCCGAAGACCCGGGUUCGAUUCCCGACAUGGGUACAAUGUGUGAAGCCCAUUUCUGGUGUCCCCCGCCGUGAUAUUGCUGGAAUAUUGCUAAAAGCGGCGUGAAACCAUACUCACUCACUCGUGUGUAGUACUAUUGUUGAUGAUUGUUAACCUUGAAUUGUUUCUUUCAACACAUGUAAACUAUAUUCUUAGUGUUAUACUUUAGUUUACGAUGUUGUUGUUGUUGUUGUUAAGAAAGAUCAAGUGAAAUGGGUGCUCUAUCAUUAGUAUUGUAUGUCUGUAGAAAAUAGUUCAAUCUCGCCUGAAGUCGACAGUCACGUGGGUUUAUGCUCUUGGAUUCCAGGAUUGUAUCGAACAUGGAUAAAUUUUCAAUGUGGGAGUGACCACUCGUCAGUAUUUACGUAUGUAGAUUACUUUUGAUUGUAAUGUGUUGUGUGGGAUUCAGUCGGAUUAUGUUGGAUUGUAUGUGAUUUGCAACAUAUUGCAAUGUUUGUAUUAUAUUGUAUCAAAGUUGUUGAAUAUUAUGCGUUUUUCAGUAGAAUGUCUGUAAUGAAAUAAAGCCGAUAUUUGAAA